UUAUCUCUCUAGAAUUAGCAACGGACUGCUCUUUCUCUCUCUAGAAAAUCUUUGACUUUCUUUCUCUCUAUCAUAAAAACCCAAAACGCUUCAUAUAAAGCUAACGCAUCCAGUUCCCAUACUUUCCCACCUCCAAAGCAUGCUGUGCUCAUCUUCUCCUCAUUCUCCAUCUUCUCUCCAUUCUCCAUCUUCUCUCUCUAACUGAACCCAUCAAGAAAUCAAGCAUACCUAAACAGCAACAACACUUUCAUGGCGGUUGAAGCACAUCUCAAUCUUUUUCCUCCACAAAUAACCACGAACAGAGAUUUCAUCAAAAGCAAUGGACCAAACGCAUUAAUAUACAAUACCCAGAUGGGUUCUGGGCUUCCGUUUACCGGAACAAUGCCGGAAACUUUAUUGCCGUUACAUCAGUCAAUCGUUUGUGAGUCUGUUCCGAUGGUGACAGCGUCGAUGAACACAGAUAGUGGACUCACCUACAAUCUUCCAGCUCAAAGAAAGCGUUCCAGAGAUUCGUUCAAUCAAUCAAACACUUUCAUAGUCCCCCAGAAAACCAAUCUCAAUGAAUACCCAUCUUUUUUUGGUGAUGACAUCUCAUUCCAGAUCCAACAACACCAAUUCGAGAUCGACCACAUCGUCGCCGAACAUAGUAAGAAAAUCAGAUUAGAGAUUGAAGAGAGACAGAAGCAUCAUGCAAGGCUGUUGAUUUCGGCGAUUGGAGAAGGAAUCGUGAAGAAAAUGAAGGAAAAAGACGAACAGAUUCAAAGAAUCGCGAAGUUGAAUUUGGUUCUUCAAGAAAGAGUGAGGAAUCUGUGCACAGAGAACCAGUUAUGGAGGGACUUAGCUCAGACGAAUGAAGCCACAGCCAACUCUCUCCGCAUCAAUCUGGAGCAGGUCCUGGCUCACGUUAGCGACGGCGGCGGCGAUUAUGGUGGCGGAGGAGGAAGAGGAGGAGACAAGGCUGCGGACGAUGCGGAGUCGUGCUGUGACAGCAAUGAUUUUGGGAGGGAUAGGGAUGUGGAGGUGGAGCAGCAGCAGUGGCGCACCUUAGCAGCGGAUGGCGGAGAGAAGGAUGGGGUGAAGGAUAAGGCGGUGGCGGUUGGUGGUGGUGGUGGUGGUGGUGGGGACAGGAUGUGCAAGAAUUGUGGAGAGAGAGAGUCUUGUGUGCUGUUGCUGCCAUGCAGGCAUCUCUGUCUGUGUACUAUGUGUGGGUCCACCCUCCUCCUCACUUGCCCUGUAUGUAACUCUAACAUGAAUGCUAGUGUCCAUAUUAACAUGUCAUGAAAUAGCAUCCAAAGAAAGCGAAAAAAAAAAAAGAAGAAGAAGAAAAUAGAUAGAGAGAGAAAAGAACCAUAAUAGAAGAAUCCUUGCAAUAGCAAAUUUAGAGUAGUGUAAAUUCCUUAAUUCUAUGUAUUAUGAAUCUUUCAUUCAAUUUAUUUAUUUUUGUUUGUAUUA